AUGUGGAUGUUUUCUUGGCUUUGUGUCAUUUUAAUUAUUUUGGUGAUCGCUGGUAUGGACACAGUAGCAAAGACCACACCACCUACCAAAUUUACAAAGAAAUCUGAGGGAAAAGAGAUGCCGAAGGGUCUCAAGCCGUCCAGUGGCCCAGCUCCGGAAGAAGAGGAAAUUCCUUUCACGGAAGCGGCUGAAAUGGCAGAACCGACCCCAAGCCCCCCAGCCCUAGAGUCUGCCUUUGGCGCUACCACUCUCUUCCCCUUUGAAAACUUCACUCUUGACACGGCCGAUUUCUUUUUCAACUGCUGUGAUUGUUGUUCAUUUGUACCAGGGCAAAAAGGAGAACCCGGAGAGACUGGAAAGCCAGGUCUUAAGGGAGAGGCUGGUGAUAUGGGGAUCCCAGGGCCACCAGGAAUUGUCGGACCCCAAGGUCCAAAAGGCCAAAAAGGAGAGAAGGGGUUAAAGGGAGAACGUGGGGACCAAGGAGCAAGUGGAGUUCCAGGAUACCCAGGAAAACCUGGAGAACCAGGUGGCCUUGGUCCUAAGGGGGAUAGAGGAAACAUCGGACUGGCAGGAGUGAAGGGACAAAAAGGCUCCAAGGGCGACACGUGUGCGAACGGCACCCGAGGAGAUAAAGGAGCCCGGGGGGCUGCGGGCUCACCAGGCUUGAGCGGAGAGCCUGGGGCCAAGGGGGAGAAGGGCGAGAUGGGGGAUAAGGGCCACUGCGGAGAGUCUGGGAAGAGGGGGGGGAAAGGAGAAAAAGGGGAGGAGGGUCUGAAAGGAGAAAAAGGUAGCAAAGGAGAUCCUGGAACGGAAGGCAAAGGUGGCCCAGAUGGCCUGCCCGGGGCCCCAGGGGAGCCGGGGGUUAAAGGGGGAAAGGGAGAGUUAGGUCCCCCUGGUCUUGUGGGACCUGCAGGGCCAAAAGGUGAGCUUGGGAGCAAAGGGGUCCGAGGAUCUAUUGGCAAGAAGGGCUCUCGGGGCCUCAAAGGCUCCAAGGGGGAGGCAGCCAGAGUCGAGCGCUCAGCUUUCAGUGCUGCUCUUUCAAAGCCUUUCCCUCCUCCCGACAUCCCUAUCAAAUUUGACAAGGUUCUCUAUAAUGACCAAGGGAAUUACAACCCCAUCACCGGCAAAUUUAACUGUAGUAUUCCUGGGGCGUAUGUUUUCUCCUACCAUGUCACUGUGAGGGGCCGACCCGCUCACGUCAGCCUGGUGGCCUGGGAUAGGAAGAGGUUCAAAUCCAGAGAAACGCUCUCUGCUCAUGAAAUAGACCAGGCCUCUUUUCUCGUCAUCCUGAAAUUAAGUGCAGGGGACCAAGUCUGGUUGGAAGUUUCAAAAGAUUGGAACGGGGUAUAUGUCAGCCCUGAGGAUGACAGCAUUUUUACCGGGUUCCUUUUGUACCCAGAGGAAAAUUCUGGAAUGUCACCAUAA